GCCCGGCCCGGCCCGGCCCGGCCCGCGCCCACCCCCGAGGCGGGGCCCCCUCCCCUUUAAAGCCGCCGCGGGGCUCGGCCGGCCCCGCUGCCGCCUGUCUCCCCGGCCGGGACCGGGCGGCGCGGGGAGGAGCGAUUCCGGCUCCCCCGCCCCCGCCCUGCGCCGGAGACGCGGCUGCACCGGGCUCGGCGGCCGCAGAGCGAGGCGGAUGCGCCCCCGGGGCCGGGGCGUGCAGCGCCGGAGCCGCCGCGGGGCCAUGCCGGGCUGAGCAGCCGCCGCCGCGAGACGGGGAGUCGAGGCGCUCGCCCCACGUCGCUGCUUCGCCCGGGGCCGGGAGCCGGGGCCAGGGGCCGGGACGCGGCGCUUCAGAAGGGUCAGCAAAGGUGUGUCUCCCCAGAAAGAAUCCACAAUGGAAAAAACAACCCACAGUUGCUUCUUACUGAUUAUACUUCUAAUCAGAAUGGCUCCAAGUCUUACUUCUACUAUAAAUUAUACUGAUCCUACAUUAGAGCCUGUAGUAACUGAAAACACAGCGAUACGACAGAAGAUAAUAGAUUCACAGUACAAAUGCUAUGAGAGGAUGAACAGAGCUCCUCCCUAUAGAAAGAAAGGUUUGUUCUGUAAUCGAACCUGGGAUGGAUGGUUGUGUUGGGAUGAUACACCUGCUGGAAGAGUCACAGCUCAGAAUUGCCCAGAUUAUUUUCCAGACUUUGAUCCAACUGAAAGGGCAUCAAAAUAUUGUGAUGAAACAGGAAAUUGGUUCCGACAUCCUGAGAGCAAUCGGACUUGGUCAAAUUAUACGCUGUGCAACUCUUUCACUUCUGAGAAACUGAAGAUGGCAUUCAUACUUUAUUAUAUGGCUAUAGUAGGCCAUGCUUUGUCAAUAACGUCGCUCUUGAUUUCCUUGGGGAUUUUCUUCUAUUUCAAGAGCCUCAGCUGUCAAAGGAUAACACUGCAUAAGAAUUUAUUUUUCUCUUAUGUGCUUAACUCUGUGUUUACAAUCGCCCAUCUUAUUGUGGUAGUGCCUAAUCCAGGCCUUGUAAAAAGGGAUCCCGUAAGCUGCAAGGUGCUGCAAUUUUUUCAUCAGUAUAUGCUGGGUUGUAAUUACUUCUGGAUGCUCUGUGAAGGCAUAUAUCUUCACACACUAAUUGUGGUGGCAGUGUUUGCUGAAGAGCAACGUUUGCACUGGUAUUACCUUUUGGGCUGGGGGUUUCCUUUAGUACCAGCAUCUAUUCAUGCUGUUGCCAGAGCCAAGUACUUUAACGACAACUGCUGGAUGAGUGUUGACACUCACUUGCUCUAUAUUGUCCAUGGUCCUGUAAUGGCAGCUUUAUUGGUCAAUUUUUUCUUUUUGCUUAACAUUGUGCGAGUUCUAGUGACAAAGCUAAGAGAUACGCAUCGGGCUGAGUCCAACAUGUACAUGAAAGCCGUCAGAGCCACUUUAAUCCUGGUGCCGUUGUUGGGAAUUCAAUUUGUUAUUAUUCCCUGGCGACCAGAAAACAGACUUGCUGGAGAAAUAUAUGAUUACAUCAUGCAUAUAUUAAUGCAUUAUCAGGGCUUGCUUGUUGCAACUAUAUUCUGCUUCUUCAAUGGAGAGGUGCAAGGAGCUCUGAAAAGGCAAUGGAUGCAGUAUAAAACCCAGUGGGGUCAAAGGCGACGGGAUCACUGCUCUACACGUUCUACCUCUUACACAGCAACAUCUAUCACUGAGGUCCCUGUGUAUCUGUACCAUCAUGAUUCCAACAACGAACAGUUAAAUGGAAGAUAUUUAGAUGACUCUGAACUUGUUGCAUUAAAAUCUGGAGAGACAUCUGCCUAGUUUGGAGGCAAACAGAUCAUUUUACAUUCUGUUCAUGACAAGGUAGGGAACAAGAAGGAAAUGCAGCCUUUAAUGUCAUUGUGAAAGAGUGCUAAACCAGAUGACAGGACACAUCAGAUGCCAAAUACAGAAUCAUCAGCAUCUGAGAGUGAUGGCCAGAAAGUCUGACAAAGAGAUGAUCAUAUGAUUUGAUACUGUAACAGUAUGCUGCUUUUUAGGACUGAAAGUAGACCUACCCACUUACCCAUCUGGAAUUUCAGCUGUUCCUGGUACUGGCUACAUGAAGCGAGGAUAAACUAGUAUUAACAAGUCAAGGUACCCAAUAGCAAAUAUGAAAGAAUGAAUUCGAGUGUUUAUUGACCUAACUGAACUAAAUACGUGACAAAAUGGAAUUGUUUGUUCCUUUAGAUACCUUUCACCCUCAAGUUUUAAACUGUCAGCUUUCAUUAAGGUGUAAACUGGCUUGGAAACUUUUACUAUUUUCAUGUUAAUCAACUCUGAUGCUUUCCUAGGCAUUUUUGCAUUUUGAAAAAAUAAGAUCAUUUCAACAUAUUCAAAUUCUUAUUAUCUCAAGAGGACACCAUAUAGUAUUACUGUUCCAGUAUCAGGGGCAUAACAGAAACAAAAGUAAAUAGUUACUGCAUUGCAAAUGUUCAGCUAUUGAUACAACACUGAAACAUUUCUUUGGGCUUCCUUAUGAAAGUCCUGAAGAUAUGUCAAACAUUUUUUUUCAGUAUAUGCUUGACAGUAUACAUGUAUAGGAAAUGUGUAGCCAUACUACUCAGCCCUAUAACCUCAAAAGUAAGGAACAGUCUUUCACUCUGAAUAAACCAUGAAUUGUAUUUGGAUAUUAAGAAUUGUUUUAAUUGCUGUUGAUGUUUCUGAGCCUCUAGUGGCUGAAUGUUUAUCUUUCUGACACAAGCAGUAAAAAAGCAUAGAGUAAGAGAUGAGGAGCUGCAACUAGUGUUACAACAGAAGACAAAUGCAUUUUUUGGAAAGUAAAUAUUUCAUUUAAAUAUUAUGUAAAUGUAUUUUUUAUAAUUGCUAGACCAAUGGUAGAGCCAGAGAGGAAUGUGUUUGUACAUGUAUAAGGUUCUGCUAUUGCCAGUAUCAAGUAACAAUUGCGAUCAUUGUGCUAAGUAAAAUAAAUAUGUUUUCUUCAUAAAGUUGAACUAAAAGACUCUGCAAAUAGAUAAGGCCAAUGUCUGAGAGAUUUUGGGUGAUUACAGCUUCUGGAAAUUCUGCUCAUAUAUGUAUAUGUAUAUAAUAUAGAUCAGGUCUCUCUGAAAGAAUUUCCAGAGAAAUGUCCAUUAUGGUUGUAAAUUGGAUAUGGUUAUUUAAAAGCCAACAACUGGUGUGUGUAAAUUAAGGUUGUGUGUGUGUGUGUGUGUGUGUGUGUGUGUGUGUGUGUGUGCGCAUGUGCAUCAGUGUGUGUGACUAACAUUAAGCAGCAAUUCUCCAUCAUUGACAGCGUGCCCAAAAGUGCCCAUUCACAUCUGUUUUCACCCACCUCUACCUAUAGUAAUAUCAGACUUAAGUGAAGCACAGACUCCCUCCCAAGUCCAAGCAUUUACAUUAUCCAGUUACUUCUAAUGCCACAGUCCCUACUACCACUGGUAUCACUCACCUUAGCUUUCUCAGUAUCAGUAUUCAGCUAUACGUUAUCUGAAUGCAGUUUUAGCACUUAUGUGACAAACGUAUCUCUGAGUUUCAAGAAGGAAAGGGAGUGGAAAGUGAAAAAUAUUCCCUCCUCCCUUCUCUGAUGUUGCCAUUCUGUAAACCUGUACAUUUUCCAUAAGCACAAGAUAUUUACAUUAUAAGAUACAAAAUUUCCUUUUUCUUUACUCAAUUGCUGAGUUUUAUUCUACGAUUUGGCUUUUUUCCUGCAAAAAUCAAAGACUUUUUUCAGAAAUAAACAAGUGAUUCUGUUCCACUCUCAGCACUGCUUUUGUGCUUAACUCUUAUAGUCCUAAACUCAUAAGAAUGCCAGAUAAAGAAAGAAAGAAAACUAUUUGAAAUACAGGCAGUCCUCAGACUUAUGACAUAAUUGGUUCCUAAAAACCACAUCUUAAGUCGAAACGUUGUAACUCGGAACCAAUUUUUUCAUAAGAAACAAUGUUAUAAAUAGGGGAUUGGUUCCUGAACCAAGGCCCGAUACCCUAUUUUCACCAAAAAUAACACAGAAUUUUGUACUCGAUCAAUUAUAGAUGAGUAAUAUAUCCACAUUAAUGUACUUAUAUUGUAAAUAGCAAUCAUAUUGAUUUGGAAGGACUUCUUUGAGGUGACUGCUGGACUUUUUGAAGGGUUCUUGGCUGGAGUCUUCUCAGGAGUCUUGGCUGCAGGUUUUCUGGAGCCUUGUCUGCUUUCUUAAAAAAAGUAUCCAAGGAAGUUUGGACAAAUGUUCUCCAGGGAGAUGAAUGACGCAGCAAACUUGUUCACUGGUGUGGCAUCACAUUGGAUCAAGCAUUGUAAAGUUGAAACUGACGUCAUAAAGUUGAGACGGGGUGUCAAUUUAUAAAUGUUGUAAGUGCAAAACAUUGUAACUUGAAAUGUUGUAAAUCAAGGACUGCCUGUAUUGCUCAAUCCCCUUUUGCUCUGGAUUUUCCUGGAGAAAUGAAGUUCAAGACCUUGGUAUCUAUAAAAGAUGGAAAUAUCAUAUCCAGAUAUCAGAGUAGCUCUGCUGCAGUGGAGUUAUGAUGAUUUCUAUUAGCUGAGAAUCUGGCCCUCUCUAAUAUUAGCUUCACUGUGUGGGUUUGCAGGGGAGAGCUGGUUAGUAAUUUCUUACCAAAAUAUUUUUCAGUGGAAAGUAUAGGGGGAAUUUGUUGAAAUGACAGAGCUUGAAAAAUGUGCUAAUCUCAAUAAAAUUUAAUCUAGGGGGAGAAAAAAUGGUUUGACGUUCAAACAUCCCUGUCCAGUGUUUUCCAAAUGGAAAGUUUUGAAUUUUCAUUGUGAAGUGACUUUCCAGAAUGAAGUAAAAACAAUUACAAAGUUUUUUUUUAAAGGUCAAAACCAGAACAAAACAUUUUGAUUUUCUUGAAGCAAAAGGCUCCAAUCAAACAGAAUUCAUUUUUCAUUUUGUGGCAAAUUUUAUGUUUUAUUUGCAUUGUCAUUGGAAUACAAAACACAGAAUUCCCUUUGAAAUGAAAGAACCCAUUCCAAUCCAGGUCCACUGCUAUUGCAUGUUCACUCUAAGAGCGCAGGAACCCACAAGCAGGAACAUGCAUGUCCCUGAGGACAACUAGCAGUGGCACAAAUAUGGCGAAAAUUGGCCCAGGUUGGGUAGCGGGGCUGGCCCAAGCAGCCUUACCUGUAAUCCUAGGAGCCCCCUGGGACUGCAGUAGUGGCAGUCUGGGCAUGCAGAGCCUGGCCAGCAGCCGGAGCAUGACUCUGGCCAUCCAGACUCCAGUUUUGGGCAAUACAUACUGCAGCCACAUGUGUCGUGCCACUUUGUUUUGGGGGGGGGGAGAGGUUUGGCUUGAGUUGUUUUUUUACACUGGGAGUUUCCGGUGUCAAGAAAACCUGCUGUGCUGCAAAUUAACAGUGCAGUGAACACAUGCAUGUGUGCAGUGCAAACUGCACGUGUGCAAUGCAAAUCGCACGUGCGUGCUCAUCGGGACACACCCUAACAGUGCUUCCACCCUCCAUAAUAAGUACAUACGCCUGCAUAGAAAACAGCAGCAGAUUUAAGCCAGGUUCUUAUGUAUAUAGAUUCAAUGUUCCCAGAACAUUAUGCAACAGACAAAGAGAAGCUAUCAUUGUCAAUUCAGUCUGUAGGCUGAAAGAAUGGCCAUAGGUAGGAGUGGAAUGCAGUGAAGCUCAAUGCCCUAGUUUUAUAGCUGGGAGUAAAUUACAUCUUAAUUCCUCUUCACUCUAUCUGUCACCUGAUUGAUUUCUCAAAGGCAUUUAAAAAUAGAGUUUCAACUCUCUGCUGUAGAGAUAAUGCUGAACUCUACAUGACUGUCAUGGUGGGAAUGCUUACAUGUUCACAGUGGGCACGUCUACAUAAGAUGCUAACUUCACAGUAGCUAAAUAAUACUGCACAAUAGAGCAUCACAGCACAAACAGUGCUAAUACUCUAGUGUACAGUAUUAUUAAGCUACUGUGCAGUAGCAUUGCUAAAAAAGGUGCUCACCGAUGCUACUGCACAUUAACUCUGGUUAUUGUGAAUUUAUUUAGUACUUGAUUGUACAAAUACUAAAUAAAUGCACAGUAACCACUGCGCAGUAGUGUCCCAUGUAAACACGUCCAUUUUGUGGACUAUUUAGAGGCUCUUUAUUAUAUUUCACAAUAAUUAGAUUAGUUACAAAGACAUUUAUAAUAUAAGUAUUAGUGUGGCACAAUGGGAAAAGGAAUAUAUGAAUCAAUGGGAAGCUAAAUGUACACUAAAGAGAUUGGUAGGGCCUCGUCCCUCUCAAAUAACACCAUUCCCUUCAUAUGAAAACUCAGUUUAUUUAAAUGCAGGACGUGACAGAAACAUUUGCAUAGGUUUGCAUCUGAGCAACAAAAUCUAGCAAAAAAAUUCUAGUUGUUCAUCUUUGUUAGAUACAGCUGUCAAAAGGAUCCUGAUGGCAUAGAGUGCUGAAACUAAGCCCUGUUUUUUCACUUUAUUCAUUUAAUGAUUAAUAAACUAUGCUUCAGUAAAAUAAAUUCCAAUACAAAUAAGGAAAAUGGCCUGCUGUAUUUUAUAAUAGCUACCAGUAAUGCUGCUUUAAUUGAAAGUUUGCCAUUAUUUCUAUUACAAGGUCCCUAUUUUCAUGUGUUUAUAACCUGGCAAUAGGUAUUCACAGAAGAAACCUACCAUGAGAAACCUCAGUGUUAUCUCUUUUUUUGCUUCUGACAGUAAUUCUCAGCCAAGCUUCUACCGCACCCUAAGUUACCUUGGAAUCCUUUUAAGGGUGCCUCAGGGUGCCAGGCAAUAUUAACACUGAUAGAUGUAGCAACACCUAUAUGAUUCACAAAAUAAACCCAAAGAUUUUAAAUAUGAAUGUAUAGUUUCAAAAAUAUUCUGACCUUCUGUGGUCUUUCUGAGUUCUUUGUGACAGACCUCUUUACUUAUAUUUUUACUUUAAUUUUCCAGUUAAAAAAUGAGUAAAAGCUAAGAGUUGGCAUUUUCUGAGGGGUGCUCUGAAUCUAAAAAGGUUGAAAACUAGUGCUCUAACAAAUCAUAGAAACAAACUUUGAACUAUUUUCCCUUUGACAAAAAAUAAAAAUGAUUGGGAGCCUUUCAAAACAUAGCUUUCUCACUAGAGAAAAUGGAUAAUGCUGCCUACUAACUAAGCUAAUUCCCCCUUUCUGGAGAGGGUCAGGGUUGAUGAACCAGUUUAGUUAAAGAGAGAACCCACCUGAAUGUCAGGCCUUUCUAGAAAUGUAAUUUAAACCUUACAUAAAAUUGCAGAACAAGUUUUAUACCCUUUCCAUGAUCCCUCCCAUCUGUCCUCCUGAUGCCUGAAUUCUUUUCUCUCUCCUUCUGAAGAGUGGCUUCUCCUUGCUUCCUGCUCUUUCAAAAAGUUCCUCCCUUGUUUUCCUUCAAAAGUCCCAGAGUGUGUCUCCAGCUUUCUGAAAGUACAUUGUAGUCCCUCUCCAAGGACCUGAUCUAAAGCCAGAGUCUAUAAAAAUCUUUCUAUUGAUCCCAGUGUAUUUUGCAUCAGGACUCUUGAUCCCAAUAGACAGGAAGACAGACCUCUUUUUAGAACAUAAAUUCUAGAAUAUACAUUUAAAAAAAAUAACCAAAUAAAGGUGUAGGUAUUUCCAAUACCUUGCAUUUUUGUAACUCAAAUAUGUCUUCAUAACCAUAAGCAUUCAUACAUUAGACCAUUGCUAAAUAAUAUGGAUGUUUGUAACAUAAAAGGUAUAUAUACAAAAACAGGAAUUGCAAAUUAGAAACUGCAGAUUAGACUUCAGCAACUGUAGGCAGAAGAUUGUUUAUGCCUUUUGGUUGGAAGGGAGAAGGCACCAAAAGUUAUGUAUAAGUGUGGUCUGAAUCCUACUGUUUAUGCUCUGUAUAAGUGUGGUCUGAAUCCUAUUGUUCAUGCUCUUUGAACCUGAUUCUAACCAUACUGAAACAAUAGCAGUUUUGCUACUAACCAGGUGUGUCUACACAUGCCCCUGACUGCACAGUUGGCGUUGCACAGUCCCAAUGGCGCACAGGUUGUUUCCAACCCUACUGCACAGUAGAAACGAGCUACUGUGCAGUACCUUCUUGCUACUGUGCAUUAGCAUCCUCCUCACGAUUAGUGCCCACUGAUGCUAUGUCACUGUAGCUUGUCACUACAGUGACGUAGCAUCUCAUGUAGAUGCGCCCACUGCAAUGCAAAUAUAAAUGGGACCCUUUAAUCUAAGGUACAGAAGAGUUAUAUAGUAUUGACUGCAGCAAUCACCAUAGGCUAUGAAGCAGUUACUUAUGUGCCUUUGGCUACAGAAACAGGCAUUGCCUUAACUACAUCACUGAUGACCAGAUAGGGUCAGGUAGAUCUUUGACUUCGACCUUUGCAUCCAUGACCCUGCCAAAAUGCACACUGGGAACAAUUUCACAAUUGCACCUGUAGUGCAAUGGUCACCUUUUCCCUCUUCCAACCCAGUUUCUACUGCUGGCAUUACUUCCACCACCAGUCUGGCACUGCUGGAGCUCUGAUACUGUGCCUAGGUUCCGUUGAUUACUUGGUUAUUGUAACUCCUGCUCAGAUGAUUUCAGGGGACCAUGCUAAUCACUACACCCAUUGAACUACUCCAUAGCCAAUCAAUACAGAGUCACAGUGACGAGGAAUCUUCAUGAUCCAUGGUUUAAGAGACAUGCCAUGCAGGAGGCACUACACCCUGCUCUCAAACUAAAGGCCCAGCAAGGCAAUGCUGUGAUAUUAGAAGUGGGGAAGUGGGUAGUGAAUGGACCAAUAAAGGUUCUUCCCAGCUUGUCCUAUGCUAGGAAACCUCACUGCUACCACUAGUAUAAGGCUCCCAUGGUUGUGAGAAAGGCUUGGAUCAGACAAUGUUUCAGCACAAGAAAAACCUUGCUCAUCCCAAGUUAUACAUGGGUAACUCCCAUUGACUCAGUGGCUUAGGUAAUGGCAAAGUCUGUCCCCUCUCAUUUUAAGUCUUAUAAAAUAAGUCCCUAUCCAUCUGGCAUGCAUUCAAGAAAUACUGUUAAUGUAAACACAUCACUGCUUUUAAAAUAAGAUUAAACUAUGUUGAUAAUAUGAUACAUAUAUAACAUCCUUGAGGUAAUGAUGUUAUUUUUUAUAUUUCCUUCUCAACUUUUUAUGACAUUGUACUGAAUUAUCUCCUGACAUUAGCAAUAUCUACUUACAGCACAUUUAUAUGUAUAAAAAUAUACAUUUUAUAUGCUUUACAAAUUAUAUGGAAUGAAUAUAUAUUUUCACUAUUUUAUUUGUAUAUGGGCUCUAACAACUUCAUUAUCUUGAAUGCUUUUCAGAAUAACAACUGAUUCUAACAUCAUUACUAAAACCAAUGAAAGCCACAAUCCCAUCGUGUGGGUUUUUUUUUAAAUCAGGAGGAUCCAAGUGCCCCUUUGAAACUGUAUAAAUUUUUCUUUCUGAUCUUUAUUACCACGCUUCAAAUGCAAGAUUUUGCAUCACUCCUAUAUGUAUUAGGUGCAAUUCAUCCAAAUGUAUGUAGAUGUACAGUUUACCCCAAUGUAGAAGAUGGUGCAUUAAGUUCCACUUAUGUCCUCUUCUGAGAGCAUAAGAGAUAUGUAAAGAGAUGCAAAAGUCUUUUUGAUGAGUUCUACACAAUGAUGAAUUUCUGUUGAAGCAGUUUAUUUUUAACUUAUAACUUCAUGGAAAAUAAGGUUACGAUUAAUGUUCCCUACCAGAAAGUCACAGGAUCCAAAAAAGUAAACCACGCUGGGUGUAUCUACACGUAAAAUGAAUGUGACGCAAUAAACUCCAGUGCAGUUUGUAUGAGAGUUUAUUGUUCCUGGGUACCACAUUUACAUGUGCACCCAGGACCGCAGCAUGUUGAACUGGGUCGUAGCAGCCCCAGCUGACAGGAAGCCCCGGGAGUGUCAGCCUGCCAACCUGGGGCUGCUCUGGCCUGGCUUAUCGUCCUGUGGAGCGGCUGGCUGGGGCACAAGGAUGGUCUAGUGUGGAGCUAACCAGCAGGCAGCUCCUGCAUUGAAGCAUACGCAUGCUUCAGUCAGCCCUAUAAGCGUCUACACAUGUGCUGCUGUGCACUAAAUAAUACUGCUGUAGGAUAGUACUUGUGUUUACAAGUACUAACCUAUGGCAGAGUUAAUUAGUUUACUGUGACCUAAUAGGGCCACAUAUGGACAUGCUGAGACUUUACUGCAGAGCUAAUUAAGCAGCCCCGUUGUAAAUGUCUUGUGUAGAUGUGCCCACUAUGGCCUAUCACACAUACAUGCCACAAAGGAGACCACAUGGUAAGAAAUUUGCUUUAUAAAGAAAUACUUUAAACAAAUCUUGAUGUUCAGCAAGAUCUUUGUUUAUAUUAAAUUUCUGUGCAUUAGUUAUGUCCAGUGUACAAGUUAAGAUUUGUACAAAUGAGGCCCUAAGUUACAUACAAUUACAGCUGGAUAAAUCAAUGAGCUAAAGAAAAAUAUUCAUGCCAUAUAUAUCUUGUAUUCCUUACUCAAAUUCUUUGUUAAAUGAGUACCACAUUCUGACUUAUUGUCAUUGUAAAUUAGCAAUAGAAAUUCAGAAAGCAAGAAUGUGGUAAAAUAUCAGCACACAAAAUGGUUAAGCAGACAUAAAACUGAGUUUUUUUCAUAGUUUGUUUUGGCUUUUUUAAAACACCGUGUUGAUUCACAGAAAUAAAGUAUGACACAAUCAAGUUUUAUCACAAUAUACCCAAAGCACAUCCUUCACAAAACUGAAAAAGUUUGCAAAUGUGACACACAUCUCUGUUGGUGAAUCUGAGUGACAGUUGAUAAACUGUGGAUCCAUUAUUUAUAAAUCACAUCACUGCAGAUACAAUAUUGAGGAGAUUAUUCCUUUCAUUGAGUAUAAAGAAACCCAUGUUGGUAUAAUUCAUUCAUUAGUAGUUGUAUUUUAUACCAUCAACAGUUUUCUAUAUUAAGUAAUGUAUUUUGUGAAUGUAAUGCUGUUGUUCUAUUGCAUUGUGCACUAUAGAUAAGGAAGUUUAACUGAACUUUGGUGUAAAUACUUCAUCAGUAGAUUAUCAUCUAAAAAUAGUCAUUAAAGAUGAAUUUUUGUUACUGAAGCUCUUAAGUGAAAUUCUGGCCACAAGGAACCAUCUCUCUGACGUGAGUGGAGCAAGGAUUCACACCUUAUAUCAUAGCUAUCAUUCUAUGAAUGUUAGCUACUGAAGAUUGGUCAAACAGGAGAUGCUUGCUAUUACCCAACUCAAAUCCAACCCACCCACAGACACUGUUAGCCAGUGAGUGCUCACUCACAUCAUCCUCCAAAAACCUGCUUUCAGAGAGCAAUAUCUGAGGAAUGAUGCAAUAGCCAAGCCUUGCUCUAAUGAUGUUUCUUAUAGCAGUGGAAUCAGGAAUGUGAUGUGUAGGACACUCUCAAUUCAGAGGUGAUCAGGCAUCAUAAGAACCCAGUCUGCAUCCAACCCUCAUAUAACCUUGGUGUCUGAAAGGUUCCGCUCUGAGCUGAAUGCAUUCUACCUUUGCCAGUAAGCUGCCCUAAUGUUCCUGUUCUUGUUUCACUGUAGGUGCUGUAUAAGAGAGUGUUGUACAUAUCAUUUGUUCAGUGUUGACCUCAGUACUCAAAAUAUUUUGGCUUUGUGAGAGGCUUCUAUUUUUGCAAUAAAAACAAGUAUGAGUCAUUUUAAAA